UACAGAGCGCACAGUCUGAAACAGACACUUUUAACAUACAGAAAAACUGGAGAGACGCGGAAACGCCCCACAACUGUCACCACAUCUCCGUGUGUGUGUGAGAGAGAAAAAAAAUCAGCAGUAAAAAUAAAGUAAAGGCUGAAGUGGCUGGGAGGGACCAAAAGCAUCUAUUUGUGAAAGUGGCGCUGAUGGCGGCUGGUUGGCUUCUUUAGGAGGGUCACUUCAGAGAAUUAGUGGAUUAGAUUUUAGUGGGAGGAUAUUGCGUGUUGUUGGAUGUCUUUCAGAAUAAUGGAUGCGCUCAAAUUGUCCGCCGCUCUUCUUCUAAUUCUGUCUUUAUUCAACUGUGGAACCACUAUACAGUUUCCGGACUCUAAACUGACACGUAAUUGGGCAGAGCAGAUGCAGGAGGAGCUGGUAAAGUUGAUUGAUGUUGAGAGCGGAAUACAGAGUCUCAAAGACAUUUUCUUGAAACUUCAGAGACACUACACUGUGAAACACAACAAUGCUCAACAGCUGGUGGCAAAUGCUGCGCGUGAAAUUGAGAAUCUCCUUGCCAAUCGCUCCAAAGCUUUGAAAGCGCUGGCCGAGACUGCAGAAAAGCUCCAGAAGGAACACCAGUGGAAGGAUGAUCUUGACGUGAAUGACACCAUCUACUACAAUGCCAAGGACAAGUUCGACAUUAAUGACACAGAGGCACGGGUCCCCCAGAACCGGAUCAGACUAGAUUUUAAAGAAGAUCCUGCAUUCAAACGACCUGUUUCAUACAACACGACAGCAGUGCACAUCCCAACUGACAUCUACGAAGGCUCCACAAUAAUUCUGAAUGAGCUCAACUGGACUGCAGCUCUGGAUGAGGUCUUCAAGAAGAACAAAGAAGAUGACCCGUCCCUCCUCUGGCAGGUCUUCGGCAGUGCAACUGGCCUGGCCCGAUACUUCCCAGCUUCCCCUUGGGUGGACACAAGGAACACACCAAAAAAGAUUGACCUGUAUGAUGUACGCAGGAGGCCCUGGUAUAUACAGGGUGCAGCUUCACCAAAAGACAUGUUGAUCCUGGUGGAUGCGAGUGGAAGUGUGUCAGGUCUGACUUUGAAGCUCAUUCACACUUCAGUUAGUGAGAUGCUGGAAACGCUCUCUGACGAUGAUUACGUCAACAUCGUCUCAUUUAACAAUUCAGCCAAGUCAGUUGCCUGCUUUGAAAACCUGGUCCAGGCCAACGUCCGCAAUAAGAAGAUUCUGAGGGAUGCAGUACAUAAGAUCACAGCAAACGGCACCACGGACUAUAAAAUUGGUUUCACGAAGGCUUUUCAUCAGCUCUCCUCAAUGAAUGUGUCCAGAGCAAACUGCAACAAGAUCAUCAUGCUGUUCACUGAUGGAGGAGAGGAGAGAGCAUCAGAGAUCUUUGAUCAGUACAACACUGAUAAAAAGGUUCGCAUAUUCACCUUUUCUGUGGGCCAGCAUAACUAUGAUAAGGGGCCAAUUCAAUGGAUGGCCUGCACUAACAAAGGUUAUUAUUAUGAGAUCCCCUCCAUUGGUGCUAUCAGGAUCAACACUCAGGAGUAUCUAGAUGUGUUGGGCAGACCCAUGGUGAAAGCAGACAAGAAAGCCAAAAAUGUGCAAUGGACCAAUGUUUAUUUGGAUGCCUUGGAGCUGGGCCUCGUGAUUACAGGCACGCUGCCAGUGUUCAACAAAACCAGCACCAGGAACAGUCGAGACAAGAAUAAGGACCAGAACCAGUUGAUUCUGGGGGUGAUGGCCAUAGACGUGUCUCUGGAAGACAUCAAGAGACUGACGCCACGAUUCACUCUUGGCCCAAAUGGAUAUUAUUUUGCCAUUGAUCCUAACGGCUACGUACUGCUUCAUCCCAAUCUUCAGCCAGAGGAUCUGAAGUCUCAGGAACCCGUGACGCUGGACUUCCUGGAUGCAGAACUGGAGGAUGACAUGAAAGUGGAGAUCAGGAAAAGCAUGAUAGACAGUGAGACGGGCGAUCGGACAUUCCGCACCCUUUUAAAGUCACAAGACGAGCGCUACAUAGACAGGGGUGUCAGGACCUACACUUGGGGCCCAGUUCAUGAAACAGACUACAGCCUUGCUUUAGUCCUACCAGAGUACAGUCUCCACUACAUCAAGGCCACAAUAGGCGACACCAUCACUCAGGCCAUAUUUUCUGUAAGCCUGCAGGUGGACAAAUUUGAAGAAUAUGGAUAUACUUUCAUAGCACCUAGAGAAUACUGCAAAGACCUGAAACCACAGAGUGACAACAACACUGAAUUUCUCAUCGACUUCAUUGAAUACAUUGACAGGAAGACCCCCAACAACCCACUAUGCAAUAUGGACCUGACUAACAGAUUGCUGCUGGAUGCUGGCAUCACUGCUGAACUGGCCAAACACUGGAGUGAACAGAGACCGAAUGACAGAAUCAGGGCGAAGUUUGUGGCAACAGAUGGCGGUGUCACAAGAGUUUAUCCCGCAAGUGCUGGUCCAGAAUGGACCGAACAGGCAGAAACAUAUGAGUCCAGUUUCUACAGGAGAAGUCUGGACAAUGAUAUUUACAUGUUUACAUCAACACCAUACACGGCCAAUGAAACUCAAGAGUCUGUUUUAGUGAGCAGAGCGAUGGACCUGAGAAUUGAUGAAUUUAGGUUGAAACCAGCCGUGGUCGGGGUAAAACUGGACGUACAGACCUGGAUGGACAGCUUCAUGAAUGCUACAAUAUCAUCAAAGUGUGAUGGUGAAAUCUGUGGCUGCCGGAGGAACGACAUGUUUCUAGACUGUGUUCUACUGGACGAUGGAGGCUUCCUCGUCAUGGCCAAUCAGGAUGAGUACAUCAGUAUGAUCGGACAGUUUUUCGGUAUGAUCGACCCUGACCUAAUGAGAAAUUUGCUGAACGAAUCCCUGUUCUCUGUCAACAAAACCUACGACUAUCAGGCCCUUUGUGAGCCCACCAGAGAAACUAAAGCUGCCGCUGGCCUCAGAUCUGUCUAUGUGCCCACAAUAGCUGACAUCCUGAACAUUGGUUGGUGGGCUUCAGCUGCCGCCUGGUCAAUAUUGCAGCAGUUGUUUGUCAGCAUCACAUUUCCUAAUUUCCUCGAGGCAGCUGACCUAGAUGACGAUCUGUCCGAAAUGCCAUCUAAGGAGAGUUGCAUUACAGAGCAGACUCAGUAUUUCUUUGAAAACAACGAGACAAGCUUUAAGGGGACUGUUGAAUGUCUGAACUGCUCCAGACAGUUCAUAGCUGAAAAACUUCAGAAGACUAAUCUGGUGCUUAUAGUUGCUGACGCACAGAAGAGCUGCCAAAUGUGUGGAGAGCCGCCAUUCUCCCAGGAAGAGAAGACUUCUCAAGGUCCAGAUCCCUGUAAAAUAGCCCAGAACCCACGGUACCGGAAAGGUCCAGCAGAGUGCUUUGACAACAACGCAAGUGAACUUAAAGCGGAUUGUGGUGGGGCGUCAGGUCUGACUCCGCCUGUUGUGUCCCUGACCAUCCUUCAGCUGCUGCUGCUCUGGCUUCUGAUUGGACAAGGACAUUGCCUAUCGUGACCUCAACACAGACAGGCCACACCCCUUGACAUGCCAAAACAUCUACCACAUCCAGCCGUUCAUUUGAACGUUCAUCCGAACUCUCACGCCACAACCCAGAAAAUAGAGGGAGAGACUCUGACACAGGAAGUAAAAACCAAUGCCAUAAUCACUUGCAGCCCUUGAGGUCAGAACGGGUCAGAGAUGAUAAAUGACCAACAACCUUUGACAUUUGACCUCUGAGGUCAGACUCUCUCCACAUGGGCGGCAGGGUGGGCAGUGUUACCAGGGUGGGCAGAGCUUGACACUUUAUCAUCAUGUUGCCAUGAGGGAUGUAUGUCCCAUAAUGAUCCAGUCACAGCACUGCCAACUGCCAAAGUUCUACCCUUUACCAGUGUGCUGCCUUUUUUUUAACCUUUUUGUUGUGUUUAAUGCAGCUAAUUUCUGAGUAUUACAUACUGUUUAUAUGUGACUUUAAUGGCCAGCUCACAUUUGUCCUGCUGAGAUAUUUUAAUGGAACCCUCUGUUUGGGUCAAAAUCUUGUUUUUGGUCUAUAGCCCAUUACUGAAAAAAAGACAAAUGAGUGACUGACCCACUGGCAAAAGUCUCUUGUUUUUCCCAGCGGUUUCCACCUCUGUGCCUCGGGAAUAUUGUUUUCAUUUCCCACCAUUGUGUGAGUGAUUAAUCCCUCCCUUGAUUCAUCAGUGGGUACCCAUAUUCACUGUCAUGCAGUGAUUUUUAUUUGUCCAUAGUGCAUUAAAAAAAAAACAUGCACUGCUGCCAAACGUUACCCUGUUUGUGUGGUCUCGCUGUACUUUGCACUUGAUGCCAAGCAGGUCGUUUGGCUGAACAGCCCUUCCAUAUGUAUUUAGAGUUUUUAAAUGACGGCCAAUUCGCACAGACCUAAAAGCUUGCAAAGUUUUACUGGUUAUGUAAGUCAUGUCUGCAUUCAUGCAAAAAGAAAUGUGUUGCAUGUGUGUGUUUUGUUUUUGAUGCAUUACCUGUUUAUUUAAGAAUAUUUAAAGGGAAAGUUCACUCAAAAAUGACAAUGUUGUCAUCAUUUACUCACCUUCUUGUUAAACUUGUAUGACUUUUAUUCUUCUGUGGAACACAAAAGUAGAACACAGAAUGUUAGUCUCAGUCACCAUUCACCUUCAUAGCUUCUCAACCCCCCCCCCCCGCCCCCCACAAAAAAAGUGAAUGCUGACAGAGACUAACAUUCUGCUUAUCUCCUUUUCUGUUCUGCAGAAGAUGGAUGUCAUGCAGUUUUGGAACGACAUGAGGGUGAGUGAAUGAUGACAGCAUUUUCAUAUUUGAGUGACUAUCCUUAAACUAUCCCUUUAAGUUUUUGAAACUAGAGGUUUGUGUUUUCUGCUGUACAUUUAAUGUUGAAUUUUCUGUACUACAUAUAAUAUGUGUGUGUGGAUAUGCAGAUACUAAAGGGUGACAGUUGUUUUUUUAGAGUACAGUUCAUGAUAUAGUUGCUCUUUGCCUCACUUCACUAAAUAUCAUCUGAAAACUUGUAAAGUUUACAGAUAUUUUUGGGACAAAUGAGUUUUUCUAAGAAAUGUUGUCCUUGGUUGUGCUCUCUUUUGUGUUUAUUUAUUCGGCAGUCUCUAAUGUGUCAUUUUUCACUUUAAUGUCACAGUAAGAAGCUUUGGCAGCCUGUCUUUCCUGUCAAUGUGCCUUGAUGUAGGUGGAUCUAUGUAAAAACACAUUGGGAGGGGCUAUUACAAUGACCUGAUAGUUCUGAUGACAAAAUCCAAAAUAUAUGGAACAAUCAAAAGGGAGUUUUUGAGAAAUUUGACAAGAAUAAUAGCCAUCCUUAAAAUUAGGGAAAUAUUUAAAACAGGGUUGUAACCACCAUAGACAUUGUUUUUUAGAAAGCAUUACUAACAAAGCGGUGUUCCCACUGACAGUUAUUUACAGGGACAACCAGAAAUCAUUUAUUUUCUUUGACAGCUGGCGAUUUAAAGGAUUGUUCCCGGUUCAAUACAAGUUCAGCUCAAUAGACAGCAUUUGUGGCAUAAUGUGGAUUACCAAAAAAAUAAAUUUCUUCUCGCCCCUCCUUUCUUUAAAAAAGAAAAACAGAGUUACAUUGAGGCACUUACAAUGGAAGUGAAUGGGGCCAAUAUUUGGAGGGUUUAAAGGCAGAAAUUUGAAGCUAAUAAUUUUAUAAAAGCACUUACAUUAAUUCUUUUGUUAUAACUAGUGUAUUAUUUGAGCUGUAAAGUUGUUUAAAUAGUCAUUUUAAGGUUUUUUGACAUCAUGGCAGCAAAUUUGUAAAAUUAGCUAUAACUUUACACAGAAAAGGUUAGUAAGUGAUGUUAUCACACUAAAAUCAUGUUUACACGCAUAUUGUGUACGCCUUGUGGUUAAACUUUUGAAAAAGUGAGUAUUUUAACGAUCAAAAAUGUGCCCCCAUUCACUUCCAUUGUAAGUGCCUCAGUGGAACCCAGAUUUGUCCUUUUUUUUUUUUAAGAAAAGGAGAGGCAAGUUAAAAUACAUUUUUGUGGAAAUAAACAUUAUGCCACAAAUGCUGUCGAAUGAGCUCAACUUGUAUCGAACCCGGAAUAUUCCUUUAAGGUGUCAAGAGUAAAAGAGGCGACCGUUUGUGUUAGCAAUGCAACAAAACAGAUCUCAGCUUUAUGCAAAUGCACAAUGAUGCGAUGGCGAUGCGUUGUGCUCCAGAGUUGAGCUCAAGUGAUCCGCCACCUGAGACAAUUGGAUACAGAAGUCGAGAAGAAAUGCCUACUAGCAACUAACAAAUCAGCAAUUAAAAGAAAGACAUAAUACUUUACUAUAAGGUUCCAUUUGUUACCAUAAAUUAUUGCAUUAGGUAUGGUACAAUGAACAAUAUUUUUAAGCAGAAUUUACUAAUCUUGAUUAAUGUUAAUUGAUAAAAACACAAUUGUUCUUUGUUUGUUCAUGUUGGUUCAUAUUAACUAAUAUUAACAUAUACAGCUUUUAAGAUUUUUUUUUUUUUUUUAAUGAACGUUAACCAAGAUUAACACAUUUUUGUUCAUUUCUAUUCAUGUUAACAGAUGUAGUUAGGUAGACUAAUGGAACCUUAAAGUGUUACUGCGAAAGAUUACAGCACUGUCAGUGUGAACGGCCCUUUAAAUGGAUGUUUUACCUGGCAAACUGGAAAAGACAAACAAUUCAAUAAGAUUUAUGAAAGUUAUGAUUAUUUUCCAUUUUAGCCUUUAGUACUUGGUCAUUAUUGUUGUGAGGAAGGGAUGCCUGAUGCUUGGCCAAUACUCAGUAUAUUCAAUAUUUUAUUGAUAAUGGAACUGAUCUGAAAUAUGCAAAGAUCUAUCAUUACUUGUUAUUAAUGACCACCGAACCUUAUUGCAUAUUUUUUUAGUUUAUAAUUGUACAAAAUUAUGCUCAAUCUGCAUCUGUGUCAAACUGAUUUUAAUGCAGUGUUUAUUAUUUUCAUUGUACUCUUUUUUUUUUUUUUUAGUUUAGAAAAAACAGGAAAUUAAAAGAAAUGAAACCAUAUUACAUCAAACCUGGGAUGGAGGCUGGAAUCCAGCAGGCAAUGUGACUAAUACUUCAUGCAUAAUUUCCUCUCUUUUGUUAAUGCACCUUGGAGCCAAAAACAACAUGUUUGGACUAUGGAUUUGGCUUGUGUUUAAAAGCCAUCCUUUUAAAAAUCUUUCUAUUAUUCGUUACUAUUCCUUGCUUUGUUGUAAUCAGACAAGCAUUCUAGAAGUGACGUGCAUUAAAUCAAUGUGUUUUCCUACAAACACUGUAGUUAAUUGGCUGUCAAAAUGAGAAAAGACUGAAAACAUCCUCAGUUCCAGAUCGUUAACUGGAAGUAAGAUUAGUUACAUCACUUAAUUUAUAGCAAAUUUAAUGUCAUCUUGUUUAUGCUAAGUAUGGUAUAAUGUACUGAAACAGCUGUUUUCACUUUCUCCACCUGUUGUCUACCUUUUCUCAAAGUGCCAUAGAAUUCCGUUUUUCUGCAUAUUUGUCUAAACAAAAAAAAAAAACUGGGAACUGUCACUUCCAAAAAAAAAAUUGUCUUAAGGGCUGUUCAUACUGAACGCGUUCAUGGAUCCAUCUGGGCUGUUUUUCAGUUGUUUUUAAAUAGUUUGAUUUGACCGUUGCGCUGCAUUUUGCUGUUUUUUCAGUGUCUUGCUUUAACUUUUAUCUGUUUUAAUUAAGCUUCUUAUAAACUUUUCUGGAGGUACCUGCGUUCUGUUCUAUUUGUUGCGUUGCGUCAAGCAGUUUUAAGCGCAAUAAGUGUUUGCUCUGAACAGCCCCUAAAACAGUAUUCUUGUCAUUUUCCAAUAAAUAUAUCUAAACAUUCUUAAAACAAAAUACAGUAUAUUAACUUAAGAAGAAAAUUUGUGUAAGAUAUUAAGAUUAAGACUCCAUUGAGCUAAAUAAAAAAAAUAAAAAAAUGAAUUAGGUUUAUUUUUCUUAUCCCGUCUUGUAUUAAGUGUGUUUGGAUAUUUUACUAGAAAAGAUAUACUACUGAUUUCGAUUUUCGAUUUAUUUAUUUAUUUAUUUUGCUGUGUUUUGACCUAUGAGGAUCCUCAAAACUUUAAUGCAAAUGCAAAAUAGAAGCAUUUUCACUUGUGGUCUCAGAAUUUUGGACCCCACUAGAUAAUUAGGAAAUACAUGAGAUACAAAUACAUUUUUAUUUCUACUUCCAGUAGACAUUUAAGAGCUGCUCUUCAAGUUCAGAUGCUGUCACGUGUCACCUCAGGAACAGAAUAUUCACAAAUUGUUAUUCAAAGUGUUUCAUGAUGCAGAUGUUUCUCUCUCUCUAUCUCUGUCAUCUCACGUUUUCUCACUGAACUGUGUGGGUUUUGAUCUUUUGAAAUCUCAGAUAGCGUGAAGUGUGUUUUAAGUGGUCAGUCAUGUUCUUGCUGCCUCCGCUUGCCUCUUGGCUGACCGUCAAUCUGCCUUAGUCAGGGUUUUAGAGGACUUAUCUGUGAGCUUAUUUUAUUUCUUAAUUGUACUUUGAUGCUGUGGUUCUCAACUGGUUUUGCUUCAGGACUCAGAUUUUACAAUGGCUAUCAAGUGGCCAACACUGUACCAAAUGUAAACUGUAUUUGAUGUAGUCUAGCUCAUAUUUUCUUUUACCUUUUUAAAUUAAAAUGUUUUUUUUUUUUCCCCAUUUAUCGCCAUUAUUUUUUCAAGGUUUUCAAAGAUGAAGGCCCAUGUUGUCCAUGUUGACAUCAGCCUAAUUUAACAAAAUUUUACCUAAGUGACUAAAUUUGCAUCAAAAUACUGUAAAGUUUAAUUGGGCCAUUGCCCAUCGCCCCUGCCUGUAACCCUUUUUUGGGUCACGAAAGACCAGUUGAGAAGACAACUCUCUUGUGAAUAUCGAUACGCCUGAAUCUAACCGUGUGUAAAUUUGUACAAAAGCAUUCUUUAAAACCGAAAUUGUAAAGAAAGCCUACUGUGUACCAUCUUGAAAUUGUCUCAAUUCAUGUCCAAGUGUAUUCAGAAUAAAAAAGGUUUAUCAUUA